UGAGGCGGUGGGAGCGGCGCUCUAGGCGGCUCGGUACGCUCUCCAUGGCUCGGCGGCGCCGGGCCGGGCGGGCGGGCGGCGGCGCGGCGCUGCCCCGGUGAGGAGCCGCCGGAACCCUCCGCCAUGGAGCCGGAGACGCUGGAGGCGCGCAUCAACAAAGCGACAAACCCCCUGAACAAGGACCUGGACUGGGAUGGCAUCAAUGCUUUCUGUGAGCAGCUCAAUAAAGAGCUGGAGGGUCCUCCACUUGCUACCCGACUUCUUGCGCACAAGAUCCAGUCUCCGCAGGAAUGGGAAGCUAUCCAGGCCCUCACGGUGCUGGAGUCCUGCAUGAAGAGCUGCGGCAAACGCUUCCACGACGAAGUGGGCAAGUUCCGUUUCCUCAAUGAGCUCAUCAAAGUGGUGUCGCCCAAGUAUCUUGGCAGCCGGACACCAGAAAAAGUGAAGUCGAAGAUCCUGGAGCUGAUGUACAGCUGGACAUUGGGGCUGCCUCACGAGGUGAAGAUCUCGGAAGCAUACCAGAUGCUGAAGAAACAAGGGAUUGUGAAGUGUGACCCAAAACUGCCUGACAACGCUCCUUUUCCACUGCCUCCCCCUCGACCCAAGAACAUCAUCUUUGAUGAUGAAGAAAAAUCCAAGAUACUGGCUCGUCUCCUGAAAAGUUCCCAUCCUGAGGACCUCCGGGCUGCCAACAAGCUCAUCAAGGAAAUGGUUCAGGAGGACCAGAAGCGCAUGGAGAAGAUCUCCAAGAGGGUCAAUGCCAUCGAGGAGGUGAACAACAACGUGAGACUGCUGACAGAAAUGGUGACAAACUACAGUAAGGGGCAGACAACAGAAAGCAAUGAGGACCUAAUGAAGGAGCUGUAUCAGCGGUGUGAGCGCAUGAGGCCCAUGCUCUUCCGGCUCGCCAGUGACACAGAAGACAACGAUGAAGCUCUGGCGGAGAUCCUGCAAGCCAAUGACAAUCUGACACAGGUGAUCAAUCUCUACAAGCAGCUUGUACGGGGAGAAGAGAUCAAUGGGGAGACGGUGGCCGCUCCCCUUCGAGGCAGCACCUCAGCGCUUUUGGAUCUGUCGGGCCUGGAUCUUCCGGCAACGGGCCCUUCCUACCCAGCCUUGCCCACCCUUUCAGGUGGCUCAGCAGUCCCCGUGCCUGACCAAGCUGGCUCCGUCUCCUUGCUGGAUGACGAACUCAUGUCCUUAGGCCUGAAUGACCCAGCACCGCAUCCUGCCCAGGCUGGCGACAGCAGUGGCUGGAACAGCUUCCAGUCCUCAGACAGCAAUGAGCUCAAUAUCACCCCUAUCACGGCAACACCACCAGUCAAAGCAGAUGCUGGCGCGUCCUCCCCCAAACCUUCUCCUUUCACCAGUGGCCUGGCUGACCUGGACCUCCUGGGCAAGACUCUGCUGCAACAGUCUUUGCCUCCAGAGUCUCAACAAGUGCGAUGGGAGAAGCAGCAGCCACCCCCGCGGCUCACCUUGAGAGAUCUCCAGAACAGGAGCAGCUCCGGCACCACGGCCCACAAUCCGCCCAUGCUCCAGAGUGUUUCCCCUAACCCCACGCUGCCCCUGACCUCCGAGCUGCCAGCCCCUGCUACGCUUCCCAAAGCUGCCACCGCGCCAGCAGGGAGUACUGCGGUCCCACCCCGGCCUCCUGCCGCCGCCGCCCUGCCCCAGGAGAUCUCGCUGGCCAACAUCACCGUGCCUCUGGAGGCCAUCAAACCCAGCAGCAUCCUCCCUGUGACGGUGUAUGAUCGGCACGGCUUCCGCGUCCUCUUCCACUUCGCUAAGGACGCCCUGCCCGAGAGGCCUGAUGUACUUGUGGUGGUGAUCUCCAUGCUUAGCACGGCGCCGCAGCCCAUCCGCAACAUUGUCUUUCAGUCCGCCGUCCCCAAGGUGAUGAAGGUGAAGCUACAGCCUCCCUCGGGCAUGGAGCUGCCGGCGUUCAACCCCAUUGUCCACCCCAGUGCCAUCACACAAGUCCUGCUGCUCGCUAACCCACAGAAGGAGAAAGUGAGGCUACGAUACAAGCUGACCUUCACCAUAGGAGAGCAAACGUACAAUGAAAUGGGGGAUGUGGACCAGUUCCCCCCGCCGGAGUCCUGGGGAAACCUCUAGGGCCAGACGGUUGCAGGCACUACACUGCAGAGUCCUUGGGAAGCCAGCCCUGCGGGGCUGGAGCAGCCUGAGGAGAUGGGGAGGGCGGGUGGGGGGCUGCUGCUCACGCUCUAUUCUCCAGACGGCCGGGCAAGGGCCAGAGGGAGCAUGCCUCGGGGAGGAGAGCAGAGAUGCCAGGAGAUGUUCAUCCCACAAGACUAGGAGUGGAGUGGAAAGCUUCGUGUGGGUGAACAGUUGCCUUCCCUGCUCUUCCGAAGGCAACACUCCCUCCCCGCUCUGUCCAGCUUCUCUUCUGACCCUGCUUUCCCCCUCUAGGUGCAGAGGGGAGCAAGGAUGGGGAGCUUUAACAGCCUCAGCCUGGGGCAAGGCCUAGCAAAGGAAGAUCCUUUUCCUUGUCUGUCCCCCCCCCCCCUCCCUGUGCUUCCCAGCCCUUCAGCUGCUUUGUGGUGCUCCCUCUUGUCCCCCCCUCCUCAGAGCUGGGCCCCAGUGCUUCCCCGUCAGGUGGGAUCCCACUGGAACCGGUGUGGAACAAGGCAGGACAGAGACUAGGGGUGUCUCCAGCACCAGAGAGUAGGCACCUGCCCUUGCCUGGGGUGGGGGGGACAAGGGGAAGAGAUUUAUUUUUUUUUUUUUCCUUCACCUCCCUCCUUUCAGCUGCUUACGGCGCUGUUGGUGGGAGGGGGGACCCCAGGGGCUGGGAUAGGGCUUGCUCGGUGCCUUCCCGGUCCCCUUCAGCUGGAGCUCCUGGGUGCUGAACCCCCCCCCAGCGAGGAAGCCCACACCCUCCCCACAUCUUUUUAUCUACUCCGGCGAGCUCUGGGGACUGCCGCUGGACUUCAUCCUCCGCGCCGGCCCCGAGAGGGGCAUGCUGUGGAGGGGGGGGGCGAGUCUUCCUGCAGCCUCCUUGCCAAACAGGGAGAGGAAGCAGCACAUGGUCUUCCUCCCCCCCCCCGUGGCAGGACUGGAGAGCUUGGUGGGACUGGGAGGGGUUGGGGGGGGACGGGGACUUUCUUAGCUCUUCUGUGUCUUCUGGCAGUGGGGUGGUGAUGGGCUGGGAGUCGGGGGAGAGGCUGAAGCCCAGCCCAUCACCAGAGGGCACCGCUAAGCUGUGAACUGGGAGCCCAGGGCUGCACUGGUGGUGGGUUUGGGGGUGGGGGGGGGUACAGCUGUGCCUUGCGCACCUUUGGCCGCAGCCGUGGGCAGGCCUGGCUCUCUGCGGCGGGGAGGGGGCUCGCCCCAGCCGCCUGAUCACUGUGACACAAAAGCGGGGAUCUGCAGGCAGGGAGGAAAACGGGGAGGGGGGGCGGCAAGUCCUGAGUAAUCCCCCCCCCCCACACGCACCCCCCCGUGGGAUUUGCGACUAUGGGAGCUGCUUCCCAUCCCUAAGAUGGUUUUAAGAGGGCCUGAUCUUAAAAGCAGGGGCAAGCUGCGCCCUGCAUCGGCUUGCCAGAGGUAGGAGGAGGCCUGGGCGAGAUGGAGGUGAGUGGGGUGCCUGGCGUGCUGGGUUUGGGGGGGGCAGCGAAGGUGAGGGUGAGAUGUCUUGGAGCUGGGCGCAGCGAGUGGUAGAGGAGAGGGGGAAGCAAGGUCUUUAUGCUGGGGUUGUGCUGUGUCUUACUUCCCUUUCUGGUCUCUUCAGGGUUUUGUAUGGGUUUUGGUUUUUGUUUUUUUUUUUUUUUUUCUUUGCAGAUCUUGUUUGGUUCUUGAACAGACUUGUAUAUAUUUUCAGUGCAAAAUUCUGUAAAUGGAAGAAAACAAACAAAAAGAUUUAAAACAAAACGCCCGGCGCGAAGAAUCUGCUGUAUUUAUGGGAAAUAAAAAGAGUUCUUUCCUGA